AUGCCCCCAUCGCUUGGUGCUAAACAUGAGCAGUGUGUGAGAAAAACACUAGUGUUUUUGCAUUUUAGUCUAAAUCCAAUGGGAACCUCUGUUGACAAUGUUCAGCUGUUGGACUUGCUCCUUGGAAAAGGGCAUUCAGCACUUUUACGACGAGCUGAGCUGAAGACACUGGUGGAUAUGCAUGGAAAUGAGGCAGGAAAAGGUGGAGAGUUGACACACGACGAAACUACCAUUAUCUCUGGAGCUUUGGAUUUGACACAGAAGACUGCUAGAGAUGCUAUGACACUCAUAUCUGAAGUAUUUUCCCUUGAUCUGAACUUUAAACUCAACGAUGAUAUGAUGAGUAUAAUACUGAACAAAGGGCAUAGUCGUGUACCUGUCUAUUCAGGAAGCCCCACAAAUAUUAUUGGACUUAUUCUGGUGAGUGUUAAGAAUUUAAUCAAAUGCCGUCCUGAAGAUGAAACCCCAAUCAGAAAUCUUACUAUCAGGAGAAUUCCUAGGGUCCAUGAUGGUUUACCGCUAUAUGCUAUACUGAAUGAAUUCCAAAAUGGUCACAGCCACAUGGCAGUUGUUGUAAAGAGUAAGAAUGAUUGUAAUGAUACAUCAGAAAAAGCAAAACCCAAACAUGACAUGUUGAAGAUGAAUACCAAUUCGAAUUUAACAGAAAAAAAAGCAGCAGAAAAAGGCGUUGAUUAUCAAUAUGGUCAGCAUAAGCAAUUGAAUAUCUCUAGAUAUGCUUCCUCUGUGGCUUCGAGCGACAUGGAGACUCAAAGUCCAGCUGUACAUGGAAAGAUUACGAAUGAAGUUUUAGAAUCUUUUUCAGAUUUAGAGGAAGAGAUCGUUGGCAUAAUAACGAUGGAAGAUGUUUUGGAGCAACUGCUACAGGAACCAAUACUUGAUGAAACUGAUGAGUAUGUUGAUGUUCACAACAAAAUUAGAAUCAACAUGCUUCCAUCAAUAAGAUCGGCAUCAGGAUCUCCUGGAGCAGCAUCAGCUUCACAUAUGAAUUGGCGAAGUCCAGUGGCGUCUCCAUUUUCUUCAAAACAUCAGACUCCACUUUCUUCUUAUCAGCACACUCCUGUAUUGCGUUCACCAAUUUCCCCAUACAUUCAGUCACCAUUUGUAAGACCAAUCCUUUCUUCUUCACCUGGGAAAUCUGUACCAAAUCCUGCUGCUGCUGGAACUGCAACAGGCCCUGUUCGCGGCUCUCCAUCCUCACAUCGAGUACGUCUUAAGUUUUCCAUAUGA